CCCACACUGAGGUUCGUCUGUGCAACUGGGAAAGCUAAAGGCUGUCUUCUUCUGGAGUUCUACCUGCAGAGUUGUCCAAAUCCAGUCAGCUUGCGGUCCAUAUAACAUUUCCAUCAUGGCGUCAGCAGCUUUAAGAUCAGUACUAAAAACAAAGGUUCCCCUUAAAGUUGGCCGCAUGUCCUACUCCUCCUCCUCAGUGCCCACUGUCAAGCUGUUCAUUGAUGGGAAGUUUGUCGAGUCGAAGAGUUCAGAAUGGCUGGACAUUCACAAUCCUGCCACCAACGAAGUUAUUGCCCGCGUACCCAAAGCCACCCAGGAGGAGAUGUCAGCUGCAGCGGACUCCUGCUCCAGAGCCUUCCACUCCUGGUCUGAGAUGUCCAUCUUGGCUAGGCAGCAGAUCUUUCUGCGCUAUCAGCAGCUUAUCAAGGAUAACAUUAAAGAACUGGCUAAGUCCAUCACAGUUGAACAGGGCAAGACCCUCGCAGAUGCAGAGGGGGAUGUGUUCAGAGGAUUGCAGGUUGUGGAACACUCUUGCAGCAUCACCUCUCUGAUGCUUGGUGAAACUCUGCCCUCAAUCACCAAGGACAUGGACACAUACACCUACCGUUUGCCUCUUGGGGUGUGUGCUGGCAUCGCCCCCUUCAACUUCCCUGCCAUGAUUCCUCUGUGGAUGUUCCCCAUGGGCAUGGUCUGUGGAAACACCUACCUGUUGAAGCCUUCGGAGCGCGUACCGACUUGUACCAUGCUGCUGGCCAAGAUGCUGCAGGAUGCUGGUGCUCCAGAUGGGACGCUCAACAUCAUCCACGGCCAACAUGACGCGGUGAAUUUCAUCUGUGAUCAUCCUGCCAUAAAGGCAAUCAGCUUCGUUGGCUCAAAUCAAGCAGGAGAAUAUAUUUAUGAGAGAGGCUCUAAGAAUGGAAAGAGGGUCCAGUCGAACAUGGGAGCCAAGAACCAUGGUGUGGUGAUGCCUGAUGCCAACAAGGAGAACACUCUGAACCAGCUGGUGGGUGCAGCGUUCGGUGCAGCGGGACAGCGCUGUAUGGCCCUGUCCACAGCCAUUUUGGUGGGUGAGGCUCGCAGCUGGCUGCCCGAGCUGGUGGAGCGCGCCAAGGCUCUGCGCGUGAACGCAGGAGACCAGCCUGGUGCAGAUGUGGGGCCUCUGAUCUCACCGCAGUCCAAGGAGAGAGUCUGCAGUCUGAUCCAGAGUGGUGUGGAUGAGGGAGCCAAGGUGCUCCUCGACGGCAGAAAUGUCAAAGUCAAGGGCUAUGAGAAUGGCAAUUUUGUGGGGCCCACCAUCAUCGGCAAUGUCACACCUGAGAUGAAGUGCUACACUGAGGAGAUCUUCGGGCCUGUGUUAGUGGUUCUCGAGGCAGACACUCUGGAUGAUGCCAUCAGUAUGGUCAACAACAACCCCUAUGGCAACGGCACGGCUAUCUUCACCACAAAUGGUGCCACUGCGCGCAAAUACACUCAUGAGGUGGACGUGGGCCAGGUUGGAGUCAAUGUUCCAAUCCCCGUUCCGCUGCCGAUGUUCUCAUUUACUGGAUCAAGAGGAUCCUUCAGAGGUGACAUGAACUUCUACGGAAAGCAAGGAAUCCAGUUCUACACACAGAUAAAAACUGUCACCUCACAAUGGAAAGCUGAAGAUGCCACUUUGAAAAGUCCUGCGGUUACCAUGCCGACAAUGGGACGCUAACUACACUACAUACAGUAUUUUUCUGAAC